AUGAGUAAUUAUGAUAGUGAACCAGAAAUUGAUAACUCAGAUUUAGAUGGAAUCUCAUAAUCUUAAUCAUCUUUUGGAGAUCCUAUUGACGAUUAAGAUGUUACUGAAUCAGAAAGUAAUUUAUACUUCUAAAAUAAUUAGAUGAAUAAAAAUCUGUGACUUCAGAUUCUAGUGAAGAUGAAGAAGAAGAUUAGAUUAUUAGAACAGGAUCUAUGACAUAAUAAACUAAAGGAAGAAGAGUUCUUAAAAAUGAAAGAGUUACUCCUCCUUUUUUAACUAAAUAUGAGCGUGCCAGAGUUAUUGGAACAAGAGCUUUAUAAAUUAGUAGAAACAGUCCUAUAUAUGUCGAUCCAAGUAUUUACUAUAUAUAACAUUUUAUAGAAGAAACAACUGAUCCUAUCUAAGUAGCUCAAUAAGAAUUGAAUGAAAAUAAAAUACCAUUCAUCAUUAGAAGAUAUUUGCCUAAUGGAAACUUUGAAGAUUGGGAACUUUAAGAAUUAGAAUAUAUGGAUUGA